AUGUCGCUCGCGGUCGCCGAGCCGUUCGUGGCGCCCGUGGACCUGCAGCUGUACCCGUCGUACGCGCUCGUCGUCGCGUACCCCAUCGACCUGUCCACUGUGCGGGCGCGCUUUGAGAACCUGGUGGGUGGGUCACUACUGCACUCACUCGCCGCUACACCACGUCACGUGACCCAGCUGAUGUCGCUCGCGGUCGCCGAGCCGUUCGUGGCGCCCGUGGACCUGCAGCUGUACCCGUCGUACGCGCUAGUCGUCGCGUACCCCGUCGACCUGUCCACUGUGCGGGCGCGCUUCGAGAACCUAAGUGGGUGGGUCACUACCAUACUCACUCGCCACUACACCAUGUCACGUGACCCACCUGAUGACGCUCGGGGUUGCCGAGCCUUCUACCGGAGACCUGCAGCGGCUCAGUUUGACGCGCGCUACUUGGCCAGCAACGCUGAGCGCUUCAACAAAGCUCACUCGCCCAUCGUGCGCCAGGCCCGCCUCGUCACCGACCUGCUGCUGUACAUCAUCAGCAACUGGCUAAACGUGGACGUGGUGGCGAAGUAUCACGAACUGGCGGCUUCCUAUCACUCUUCGGAUGACGAGCCGCUCGCCACCACAUUGCAUAAGAAGCUGUCGGGUGGUGGCGACGGUGGUGGUGGUGGUGCGCGGUGGGUGGCGCGGUGUAGCGCACUGCUGGCGGAGCUGAGCGCGUCCGCCGACGCCGAGCCCUUCCGCCAGCCCGUGUCCCCGCUGCAGGCACCAGACUACGCGCGCGUGGUGGUGACCCCGAUGGAUCUGGGCACGGUGCGCGCGCGCCUCAGCAGCGGCGCCUACUCGCGCCCCGAGCAGUUCGCGCGCGACGUGCGCCUCGUCUUCUCCAACAGCCGCCUCUACAACACCAACAAACGCAGCCGAAUUUACUCGAUGACGGUGCGUCUGUCGUCGCUGUUCGAGGCGCUGUGGGCUCGCGUUGAGAGCGCCCGUUCGGGCGCCCGUUCAGCUGACCGCCCCGCCGCACGCUCCGCCGCACGCUCGUCCCGCGCCCCUCGUUCGCGCAGUGCACGCCGAACACGUCGUGCCGCUCGCCGCACUAGACGAGCAGCACGUGCUGCGAAGAAUGGCAAAGGCGUGGGGAAGAAAAGCAAGACCAGCAGCACUGAACCAACGCCUUCGACCAGUCACGUUGUAGGAUCUCAAGAUGAAUCAGUAGAGGAAAACGGUGUCGCAUCUGACGGUGGGUCCGACCGCUCGCACAUACAAGUGCUGGAGGAGGAGUUGGCCGAUGAUGAGGUCGAGCUCACGUACGAACAUCAGCACAAGACGAGAAGAAAACGUCGGCGAGCGCGCAGCUCGGACAGCAGCGCGCCCGCCAGCAGGCGGCGGACGCGACGCCCGCACAAACGAGUCCGGGAGCGGUUCUCGUCGGCGUCGUGCACCACGUCGGAUUCCAGCAGUGGGAGUGGCAGUGGCAGUGGUGGUGGUGGUGGCGGUGGCAGCGGGCGCUACGAGUCGGACCGCUCGUACCGCCCGCACCGGCCCGGCUACUCUACAGACGACGACGCGCCACUGCUGCUCUACAGCAGGCAGAGGCAAGAGGGAGAUGAGGCAGCUGGUCCUUCGAGCCGGGGGCGCAACAGAGGGGGUCGAUUACGCGCACGUGCUCGUGGGAGGCGCUACAAUGAGGACAGCGAGGAGGACUCACCGGCCGCCAUCAGCAAGCGCUUGCCGCACCACCACCAGCGCACGCUGCAGCUGCACCAGCGUCGCCAACGCCACGCCACACAGAGCGCGAGUACGACGGCUGCACACACGAGCGACCACAACUACUUCAAUGGACACGCGACGCACAACGGACACGCAAGCACGGUGUCUGCAAUGUCGACAGUAUCCGGGGGUUCGGGGGGCUCGGCGGCUUCUGGGGGGCCCGUGUCCAUAUCGUCCAGGGGUCGUGUACGCAAACUUACAGCGAAAGCACGUGGUCUAUUGCGACACUGA